CUAUAAAUACGGAGCAUUACCACGAUACUAGAACAGUUCCAAUAUGUCAAAACUACUUGGUACUAUCAUAUUAGUAGCUGUGCUUGCGUGUGAAUCUCAUGCGAACAGAAAAAUCUUUCGUGGACUGAAUAUUGAUAUUACCCAAGCGCCCUACCAUGUAUCUUUGCAAAAAUAUGAUCCAUUCACCCAUACAUUUUACCACAACUGCGGUGGAUCAAUCAUUGCUCCUACAUGGAUAUUAACAGCUGGACAUUGUGUUGAUAGAGGGUUUUUUAAUCAUACAAGAAAGGAAAACUCACACGUUUUAGUCGGCACGACAAAACUCUCGGAACCUGGUAUUCCACACCAAAUCAAAAAUAUUACAAUACACGAUAAUUACCGAAUAAUUAAUAUUCCACUCUCGGAAGAAGGACAAUACGCACUAAACGAUAUUGCAAUAAUUGAACUAACAUCUCCGAUUGAAUAUACUGAUCGUGCUAAACCUAUUCGCUUACCAAGUAAUAAUAUCUCUGCAAGACUUGGGACUUUAUGUCAGGUUCAAGGUUGGGGACUGAUAAAUAAUACUACACUACCUGAUCACCUACAAUCUACUGGUGUAAAAAUUUUACAACCCAAUACAUGCUCGUAUCUUUGGAAGGAAGUAAUUGAAUCACAACUAUCUGAAAUUCCCUACAUUUGUGCUAUGGGGGACAAUGACAAUCGUCCUUGUUCUGGUGAUUCUGGAAGUGCUUUACUUUGUAAUGGAGUGCAGACUGGGAUUGUGUCUCAAGCAUCAAAUUGUGGAGAGUAUGCAGAACCAUGGUCAGCGUAUACUGAUGUAUAUCAAAUGCGAAACUUUAUUUCUGCUGCAACUAAGUAUGAAGUUAGAUCCAAAUCCGGAAGAAGAAAAUAUUCAGUAGACGAUAUUGCAUUGAUUGAACUUACAUCACCGAUUGAAUAUACUGAUCGUGCAAAACCCAUUCCAUUGCCAAGUGAUAAUAACUCUUCAAUUCUUGGGACCAAAUGUCAGGUUCAAGGUUGGGGACGGACUAAUAAUAACACAAAACCUGACCACCUAAAAUCUGCUACUGUAGAAAUAAUAGACUCCAAUGAGUGUACUAACGAGUGGAAGCAAAUGACAGAUUUACAACAUUCUGGGGUUCCAUACAUAUGUGCUAUGGGGGACAAUGAAAAUCGUCCCUGUUCUGGUGAUUCUGGAAGUGCUUUAAUUUGCAAUGGAGUGCAGAGUGGGGUUGUGUCGCAAGGACCAGGGGAUUGUGCAGAUGAACCAGAACCAUGGUCAGCAUUUACUGAUGUAUUUCAAAUGCGUGACUUUAUUGCUACUGCUACUAACUAUGAAAUUAUACAUUAUGUUAUAAUGUUAAAUAUUAAUUACAAUAGCAUCAUGAACUAUUCGAAUACAGAGCAUUGUUUGAAAAGUUAUUGUGUUAUACCUUGA